GAAGAAUUUUAUAGUACACGAGCAGCAGUACUGACGAGCAGUGGUGAGUGUCAGGGGUUGUCCGUAUACUUUUCUAACCUUGUCUCAAAAACUUGAAGUUUACGGUGUGUGGAGAUUGAGGUUUGUAAUACUCCAUGGCUCCGAAAGGCAAAAGCGGCAAGGAUUACACUGCGGUUGAUAAAAAAAUAUUUUUAGAAAUUUUGAAAAAAUAGAAAAAUAUUGUUGAGCAAAAAAAGAGUGACGGAGGAUCUCUCCGUGAGAAAGAGUCAGCAUGGAAUGAAAUUGCUGACAAAUUCAAUGGUGUACUACAAAUCAGUGAGACGAGAACAGUGCCACAACUUAAAAAGCUGUGGUCUAACAUGAAACAGAGCCAGCGGGAUGCUUUGACCCAGGAAAAGCAAGCACGUAUGGCUACUGGGGGUGGUCCGGAGAUUCCAGAGGCACAGGUAGACCCUGACAUUGCAGCAAUUGUGCCGCAUUUAAUGACUCUUGCCCCGACCGAGUUCAGUUCCAAUAUUAUUCCGGGGGAGCAAGCAAUAGCCAUGGGUAGCGUUCUGGAGAAUGACGAUGAUUCACUUUUUGAAUUUCAAGAUGUCGAAUACUUGUUAGAUGCGUCAAUUGAUAGACCACCGACAGAGCCUAUUCCAAGCUGUUCAUCAGGAAUCCCGGUGCAGACUUGCAAAAAAAUGCGCGUGAAAGGGACAACCUUUGAUCUUCAAAGUUCAAAAGAGCAACUUUAGUUCUAUUUACUGGCUGUAUUUAUAAUGUAUUGAAUAUUUUUACGUAGACAAAUUUUCAUAAGUAUUAUCGUAACUAUAAGACUGACGCUUAGUACAAUUACGUACAUAUCAGUAUUUUCAUGAGUAAGUGAGGGGUUUAAAAAUAAAAUGAGAACCAAUGAUAAGUUAUGAGUAAAAUAUGUAUUCUAAUGUUAACUGUUUGUACAAAUUAAAUUCAAUUUUAUUAAA